AUGCCGCCCAAAGGAAAGAAGGGCAAGAAGGACGACGACUGGGAGUCCGAGCUGGGCGAGUCCAUCGCUCCCCCGGCCAACGGCGAUGCCGCCCCCGCCCAGGAUGGCGAUGCCAACGGCGACGAGGACGAGGCCCCGGCCGGUGGCCUCAUGGCCAUGAUGAAGAAGAACCGCGAGAAGCGCAAGAAGAAGGGUCUCGGGGAGGACUUUGAGGACCCCAAUGCCAAGAAGGACGACGAGGAGGCCGCUGCAAAGGCUCCCGUCGAGGCUACCAUGGAGGAUGAGUUCACCCUACCCGAGAAGAAGGGCAAGGGUGGCAAGGGCGGCAAGCAGGCCCCCGCCGCAAAGGGUGCCGAUGCCGACGAGGAGCUCGAGCCCGCCAAGGCCGCUGAGGUCAAGAAGGAGGCCGCUGCUGAGGCUCCCGCCGCAGAAGCCGCCGGAGGAAAGAAGGGCAAGAAACUCCCACCCCAUCUCGCCGCCCUUCAGAAGCAACAGGAGGAGCUGCGGCUACAGCGUGAAGCCGCCGAGAAGGCGGCUGCCGAGGAGAAGAGACGCCUCGAGGAGCUCGAACGCCUAGAUGCCGAGGAGAUCAAGCGGAGAGAGGAAGAGAAGGCCCGCAAGAAGCAAAAGGAAAAGGAGAAGAUCGAGCAGCUCAAGAAGGAGGGCAAGUUCAUGACCAAGGCACAGAAGGAAGAGAAGGCCCGUAAUGAGCGCAAGCUCCAGCAGAUGCUGGCUGCCGGUAUCAAGAUCGGACCCCAGGACGCCGAGGGCGAGGAGAAGAAGAAGAAGGUCGUCUAUGACAACCGGAAGCGUGGCAAGGGCAACCAGAACAAGAUUGAUGAGGAGAAGGCCCUGGCCGAGGCUGCCGAGCGCGCAAGACAGCAAGCCGAACAGGCUCUAAAGGAGGCAGAGGAGAAGGCAGCCAAGCAAGCUGCGGAAGCCGAAGCUGCCGCAAAGGCCGCUGCCGAGAAGGAAGAGAGCGACAUUGAAGACGACUGGGAGGCUGCAGCUGCUUCUGAGGAAGACGUCAAGGACAGCUGGGACGCCGACUCGGACCAGGAGGGCGCAGAGACUAAGAAGAUCCCGUCGAGACCCAAGGUCGACGAGAACUCUGAGGACGAGAGUGAAUCCGAAUCCGAAUCCGAGGAGUCCGAGUCUGAAGACGAAGAGCAGACGGCGCGGCAAGCCGCCGAGGCACAGCGCAAGAAGGAGGCUGCUGAGCGUCGCGAGAAGGCACAUCAAGCUGCCCUGGCUGCACGGUCAAAGGACAACCUGCGUUCUCCUAUCUGCUGUAUUCUCGGUCACGUCGAUACUGGUAAGACGAAGCUUCUGGACAAAAUUCGACAGACAAACGUCCAAGAGGGUGAAGCUGGUGGUAUUACACAGCAGAUCGGUGCCACUUACUUCCCUGUCGAUGCCAUCAAGCAGAAGACUGCCGUCGUCAACCGUGAUGGCGCUUUCGAGUUCAAGGUUCCUGGUCUGUUGAUCAUCGAUACCCCUGGUCACGAGUCUUUCUCUAACCUCCGUUCGCGUGGUUCUUCCCUCUGCAACAUUGCCAUCCUGGUUGUCGAUAUUAUGCACGGUCUCGAGCCGCAAACCCUCGAGUCCAUGAAGCUGCUGCGUGAUCGCAAGACUCCUUUCGUCGUGGCUUUGAACAAGAUUGAUCGUCUCUACGGCUGGAAGAAGGUUGACAACAACGGAUUCCAAGAGAGUUUGGCACUGCAGAACAAGGGUGUCCAGAACGAGUUCAGGAACCGCCUGGAGCAGACCAAGGUUGCUUUCGCCGAGCAGGGUUUCAACUCCGAGCUCUUCUACGAGAACAAGUCCAUGGCAAAGAACGUGUCUUUGAUUCCCACAUCGGCGCACACCGGCGAGGGUAUUCCUGACAUGUUGAAGCUGAUCGUCGGUCUGACCCAGGAGAGGAUGGUUGGUUCUCUCAUGUACCUCUCUGAGGUCCAAGCCACCGUCCUUGAAGUCAAGGCUAUCGAAGGUUUCGGUAUGACUAUCGAUGUCAUUCUAUCCAACGGUAUCAUCCGCGAAGGUGAUCGCAUAGUCGUGUGUGGCACGGAGGGGGCCAUAGUGACGAAUAUUCGUGCACUUCUUACUCCAGCUCCUCUCAAGGAACUGCGUGUCAAGUCAGCCUACGUACACAACAAGGAGAUCAAGGCCGCUAUGGGUGUGAAGAUUAGCGCUCCAGGUCUUGAGGGCGCCAUUGCCGGAUCUCGACUCCUGGUCGUCGGCCCUGACGAUGACGAGGAUGAUUUGAUCGACGAGCUUGAGGCCGAUCUCAAUGUUCUGUUCAGUCGUGUCGAGAAAUCUGGUCGUGGUGUCUCCGUGCAGGCAUCUACUCUCGGUUCGCUAGAAGCUCUGCUCGAUUUCUUGAAGUCCUGCAAGAUUCCAGUGGCCAAUGUUGGAAUUGGUCCUGUCUUCAAGCGUGAUGUGAUGCAAUGUGGAACCAUGUUGGAGAAGUCGCCCGACUUGGCUGUCAUGCUCUGUUUCGAUGUCAAGGUCGACAAGGAAGCCCAGCAAUACGCUGAAGACAACGGCAUCAAGAUCUUCACGGCUGACAUCAUCUACCAUCUUUUCGACAACUUCACCAAGCACAUGGAGGAGGCGCUCGAGAAGAAGAAGGAAGAGUCAAAGAUGCUGGCUGUUUUCCCUUGCAUUCUCAACACAGUUGCUGUCUUCAACAAGACGAACCCGAUCGUUGUCGGCGUUGACGUCGUGGACGGUAACCUCAAGCUCAACACCCCACUUGCCGUCGUCAGAAACGGCCCUACCGGAAAGGAGGUCAUUCCGAUAGGCAGAGUGACAUCCAUCGAGCGAGAGCACAAGGCCAUUCAGGUCUGCAAGAAGGGUCAACCGUCUGUGGCUGUCAAGAUCGAGAUGGGUAGCUCCCAGCCAUCUUACGGACGACAGCUCGAGGAGAGUGAUGUCAUCUACAGUCUGAUCUCCCGUGCCAGUAUCAACACUCUUAAGGAGUUCUACCGAAAGGACGUCUCCAACGACGAAUGGCACCUGAUCGUCAAGCUGAAGCCGCUGUUCGACAUCAACUAA